AUGUUAGAGACUGUGCAGAAAGCAUUUGAGUUUCUGUUCGCUUACCCCAGAGCUCGCUUAUCAGGAAGUAAGCGAAAAACUAAGCGAAAUUCGAAGCGACGGUUUUUUCGUGUGUCUGCGGAGGCCCAUAAUAAAUAUGUUUUUACUUUUAGCUCCGCAUUCAUUCUUUGCUCAAUACCAAAGGAUUCCAGUUCGCAGAUCAUCAAGUUCGCUAGAUUCGUAUCGAUCACGCCAUUUCCUGAAGUUCGUGAAUCCCUUACCACUUCCUCAAAUUUGCUCAAAUUAACCCAACCCCGAUCGACGGAUGUCGCGGAACCGUACGACUUUGCCGUGUGUGUCCAACCAACGUACAAUUACGCCAACGUUGCAGAGUUUUUGGAAUGGCUGGAAUUCUACAAAAUGAUGGGUAUCGGCCACUUCACCUUUUACAAUAUGUCGAUAGGACCUCGUGUCUCGUGCGUUAUGAAAUCCGCGGCAGUAAAUGCAGAGACUCCAAUCACAAUUUUAAAGUGGACAUCCCCCAUCCCUGACGACAACGUUCUUCAUCUUAACGGUCAACUGGCGCAAAGCAACGAUUGUGCCUUCAGAUACAGAGGGUUGUCCAAGCACAUUAUUGGUGUGGAUUAUGACGAAUUUCUCGUACCAAAUUACACCCACGCUAGAAACUUUGGCGAAUUGAUCAACGUUUUGGACACACUUUGGACGAGCGAACGAAGGACGGGGAGUUUAGCCAGUUACCAAUUUCGUAUGGGUGUUUUUGAUACGAGUUUUGAAAAUUUUCCAAAUUCAAGGAACAACUCGACGCCCGUGAACAUACUCAAAUUUGGACUGUAUGACUUCAAAACGUACAGAUACGUUACUCGACUUGAGUUCGUAUUUCCGUUUCGACGAAGAUCGAAAUUGAUAUCGAAACCUCGAAGCGUUAUCGAGCCAGGGUUGCACUGGAUGGACGAAGCGGUCGGGGACGAAGUGGAGUUUCAAGUUCCGCCAGAAUUUGCGUAUCUUCACCACAUAAGGAGAUUUGAUGAAUGCAUGGAUUGCAUUAAUCUUCCCCAAAGGGGCGACGUAACGACGCACUUUUAUGCUUCCGAACUUUUAAAGAGAGUUCAAAAUAUGGUGGUUACAUUGGCACGUGAAUGUGAUUUGGAGUGAUAAAUAUGUGACAUACUUCACGUCUGUACACUUCCUAUAACCCUUGCAAAUCAGAGAAAGGCAGAUUAACGACAUUGGGAUUAAGGUUUAAGAUUAAAUACUAAUUAUUCAAAUCUUGGGAUUAAGAUUGAGAUAAGGAUUGAUUUUUAAAAUAUUUGUAGAUUAAGGAUAAAAAUUAGGGAUUAAAUGUAAGGCAGGAUUAUGUAUGUAACACUGGAUUAAAUUAUAAUUAGGCGUAAGAAUUAAUUUAGGCCUGGAUGAAUUAUAGCUUUACACGCAAUUUUAUUAAGUUGGACUUAACAUUUAGUUCAUUUACACGCCAAAUCCGCAUACCAUUAAAUCGCAACACAUACAAAUCUUAGCCCUUCAUGCUUCCAACGGGUUUUCAACUUGGUACUUUAUGGAUCUAGAGUGACGAUAAGUAAUUGUUUGGUACUAAAAUAUAUA